AUGGCAGGUCAGGUCACGUAUGCCAUUGACAUCGUGUCUGACGCGCUCGAUUCGCUUCCUAUAGCACUCGAAUUGCUUUUCAAGACUGCAUCAAAGCCUAAGGAACGCCUUGCUAGGGUUUCUUUGGCUAAGAGUGAUUCGUAUGAGGAGAUGAUUCACGGGUUAAUACUCUCUGCAAUUCACAACCACACAAACAUUGCCUUCGCGCAGGCAUUCGUGGCGAAGCUGUUGAGGGAUUUUUCAUCCAAGGAGUUUGCCAAGAAGGUUUUGGAUAAAGCUUUUGAGACGAUUAAGAAGGUUGUGAAGCAGUCACUGGAGGAGUACUCUAGUCUCACUGGAAGGUUUAUUUCCAUGCCAAGUGUUCAGAUCAACUUUAUUCUAGACAACAAGUGA